AAUACAAAUAUUUUAUUUAGGUUGCAACCCUAAUUCAUCUUCCCCACUCAUACUCUGAACCUCAUUAGUCAUUCCUCUCUGUGUUUCCCGCCGGUCGACAUCGCCCCGCCUCCGUGCCAAUAAGAAAUUAAUUUGUUGCUUUUUGUUGGAUUUGUUACAGAAUCAGUAGAAGUGAUAGCUGAAGUUUGAAAUCAGGUAUUCUUGAGCGUGUGAAGCCCGAAAACAUCAAGAAUGAGGCUCCUAACUCAUAAUAUGUUAUCAUCAAACAUCAAAGGCGUGACCAGCGGAUUCCCCCUUCGGAUUGAGGUGGAGAAAGUGGUGGAGAAGGAGGUGGAGUUGAAUGCAGACUUCCUUCGGAACAUGUUUGCCAAGGUUGAGUGGAAGGCGCUCGUGGAGGCCUCCAAAACCUUGGGGUAUACUGAGCUGCCCGAUAAUGUUGAGCCCUCCAUGCUCGACUCUGAUGAGUUUUUAAACAGGUUCCACCACGCCCUCCUCGAGCUCCACCUUGAGGAAGGCGCGUUGGUUUGCCCUGAGACUGGCCGGAAGUUCCUGGUCAACAAGGGGAUCCCUAAUAUGCUGCUACAUGAAGACGAGGUCUGAUUGUUGCCAUGUGCGGUUGUGUUUAGGAAUAUAUGUUUGCCGAUGUCAGAAUCUAAGGGCAAGUAGAAACAUGACAGAUGAUUUAAAUGGUUUGGUUUGUGCUUGUUGAGAAAUCUCAAAUGAGUUCUUGUUAGCCUGCUUGUUUUCAGAUUUUUCAGCAAUACUACACUUUUCCUUUCUUGAA